GCUCCAGUCUCUCGUGCUGAUAGAGGUCGACGACCUGAUCGUUGCCGGAGAUGCUAAGGUGCUGCCCGAUUUGAAGCGCCGCCUCUUCGAGCGUUUGAAGUUCGGUAAGUGGGAGGAGGGAGAGGCAGACUAUGCCGGAAGGCAUAUCAAGCAGCGGGGGAUAUCGUUUGACGCUCUGCCAGAUUUGUUUCCUGUGAAGACGCGGGCGAUGUUGUCCCACGUUCGCAUCAAAGACAAAGAGCUGCGCAGGUCGCCCACAGCCCAGUCGAAGGCUCCACCAGACCUGCAGGCCAUGCUGAGCGCCAUCGCGAAUCCGCCGAACCCGUCGCCAUCUCCACAGCGGGCGGGCCAGUCAGCAUCGGCUGCAGGGAAGAAGCCUUGCCCGUUCGUCCACUUCAGGAGCGACGUCGGGCCCUCGGCCGGCGCGGCGCAGGGCGACGUCGCCAUCGAGACCAGCAGCGACGAGGGGGGGAAGCCGCUUUUCGCCCAGUUCGACGGCGAGAAGAUCAUCGUGAUCAUGUCGAAUGGGCGGCCGCGGACGGCCAGCAAGUACAAGUGCGGCGACGGCGGCUUCCUGCUCGCGGAGUUCGACGGCCUCACUACGGAGGGCGGCUCGGAGUACGUCUACCACACGGAGCUCACGAACGCUCGGCUGCAAGCAGACGGUACGUUGCAGACGCCGCCCGAGCCUGUCGCGACGAAGGUCAUGAAGGCCAAGGCGAAGGCGAAGGCCAAGGUCGCAGCCGUCCAGCGCGAGCGGGAGCUCGACUUCGUCGAGGCCAAACCCUGGAAGGAUAAGUUGGUGAAGACGCUGCGUGACAAUGCUGGCCCGUAUGGCUACAAACACACGCUCAAGAAGUGGCGCCGCGCCAACCCGUUCGUGAACUUCAGGCCGCCCGUCGACUACGACUACAACUCCGAGUCGGAGCUCAAGUGCAUAUUCAGAUUCGUGCGCAUAUCUGAGCCCCACGUGAUCGUGUUUGGUUCACGUGCAGCGAUGGCUCCCAAGGCAUCGAAGCUGGCUGUCCUCCCAGGUGUCGGUGGCGCCCCCGUGGGCAAGGGUAGAGGCAAGUCGCAGGGCCGCGGCAGGGGCGGCAGGGGGGGCGGCAAGCCGAAGCAGCAGAUUGAUCAUGAGCCGAUCCCCGAGACCGCGAACGUUCCCAAACAAAUCAAGGCCCUGAUGGAUUCGUGCGGCGGCGACGAGACGAAGCUCGAUGCGAUUCUGUCGAAAAUGACAUCUGUUGAGAAGAAGGGGCCGUUCUCUGCCAUGCGUUACUUCCUGGCGUCGAACUCGCCGAGCCGCCUGCAAGAAUACACCGACACUGCUCUUACAGACACCGAGAAGGUCCGAGUGAUCACCCGUAACUCGAGCAAGACUGAGAUCAAGCGGACGAGGGAGGACGCGGUCAUCGACGUAUGGGUGACGCUCGACGUGUUGGGCGGCCCGCUCUACCUGAACAACAAGGAGAUGAUGAAAGGUUUCGAUGGCUGGAGUGCGGCUGCGUCGGGCUCGAGUUCGAGUGCCGCAGCAGGUGCUCUUGUCGACCUCGACCGCUCCGCGCCCAUGAGCAAGGAGGAGAAGGCGGAGGCCAAGAAGAAGAGGGAGGCGGCCAAGAAGGCUGCCGAGCUGGAGAAGCGCCAGAACGAGGAGCAGGAGUUUCUCGACAAGAUUGCGCACAUGCCUGUGGCUGACCAGGAGAAGGAGAAGGCCAAGCGCGCCAACGACCAGGCGUUCGCCCAGGCCAAGAAAGAGUACGAGGCCAAGUACAACGAGGCGAAGACCAAGUCCACCAGCUUCCGCCACGUGUGCGAGGUGAUGGUUCCCCAGACCAUCGGGCUCCUGAACGAGAAGGGGUACCCCGACGCCACGGGCCAGUACCUGAAAGACGAGGCUGACAAGGUCUUGGGCGCCGUCAAGGCGUUCAUCGAGCAGACUCUGGUAGGACAGAAGCUCCAGUUUGGCAACGAUGCGAGGUGGCGACGUGGAGUGUACAGUGCCAAGCGUCACGUUGAACUGAUGCGCUCUGGUGAUGUGGUGGUCGACAUUGGGCCGCUGCAGAUUCCAGGAUUUUCCUGGAUAUAUUUGCGACCUGGCCUCAUGCACGCGGGGUGCCUCGGCGUGACCCAGGAGACCUUGGGAAACGCGAUGUGGGAGAUUUUCGUAGAGUUGGCGCAAUGGUUGCAGAUUAUGUGGCGCGACGUUGUGUUCGGGGAUGUCUCGAGACCGGAUUGGACGGCUUCGCAGGGGCCCUUUUCGGUGGUGCUCUCCCGGGAUUGUGAGAUCGGAGACUCGGCCUCAUCGUUGAGUGUUGUUGACGCUAAGAGUGUUUUCGACACGAUGUCCAGGAAUAGUGCCGGGUCUCGCGCCGAUCGGCGCAAUGCUAUCGAGAUGGCCGUAAUACGUGACUCGCUCAGCGCGGUGGGGUCCACGCUGAGAUGGCUCCCGCGCGGCAUGAUGCCGGCGGGCCCCAUGGCGAAGGUGGAUCCCGGUCGUGGCAACGCGGCGUUGCAUGACGUUCUGACGCGUGCGACUUUGUGCCUCAUAGAUGAG